CGGGUUCCCACGCGUCACGCCCUUGCCUCCUUCCCCAUCUACGCGCCCGAGCACCAUGGACUACAACUUCCGGAAGAUCGACAUUGACGCGUACGACGAGGACAUCAUCCAGGAGUCCGAGCUGUACGAUGCUGAUCCGCGCGAUCCCGCCGCCGUGCUUGACGAGGCGAAGCAGCGCCAGGUCGCCGUCCGGAGCGCGCUCUCCAAGAACGAUGCUGCUGGCGCACUUACCAUCGCGCUGGAGAACGCGCCAUAUGGACCGAAUGUGGAGGAGGCGAAGCUGAUCACACUCAACACUAUCCUAUCCAUCCUGAAUGCGACGCGGUCGAAUGAGAUCUCUGGCGUCGUACGCGCGCUGCCGCAAGACGCGCAGGAUACCCUGAUGAAGUACCUAUACAAGGGGAUGUCGACUGCGGGUAUGGGGGACACGAGCGGGAACGUUCUGCUUGGCUGGCACGAGAAGUUGACGGAGGCCGCUGGAACGGGGUGCAUCGUGCGCACGAUGACCGACCGGCGAACGGUGUAAUGGACAUCUCGAUCUGAUUAUGCUUGUCAUCCCGGACGAGAACAUUGUAAUAUCAUUCAUAAGGUCACACAUUGCUUCAACGAACCAUUACAAGGAGUGCAUAGAAGCAGCAGGUCGA